UAACUGCCACCCUGACCUACGAGAGCUACCGCUCAUCCCGUUACAUCCACCACCCUCCAAGAACUCGACUACGACAAUGGCACACAUCUUCGACAUCGGUACCCGGGCAUGGCAGCCAGACACGGCCGAGGGCUGGGUGGCCUCGGAGCUUACUGACAAACAAAUUAAUGGAGACAAAGUCACGCUCGUAUUCACCCUCGAGAAUGGCGAGACCAAGACGGUCGAGACAAAUCUCGACGCCCUCCAGAAUGGCAACGACCCUAACUUGCCGCCGCUGAUGAACCCGGCCAUGCUCGAGGCUAGCGACGACCUUACGAAUCUUUCACAUUUGAACGAACCGGCUGUGCUCCAGGCCAUCAAGUUGCGAUACCUGCAAAAGGAAAUUUACACGUACUCGGGUAUUGUGCUGAUAGCAACGAAUCCCUUCGCGAGGGUGGACUCGCUGUAUGUUCCUGGCAUGGUGCAGGUGUAUGCCGGAAAACAACGAUCUUAUGGCGCCCCGCAUUUGUUUGCCAUUGCUGAAGAGGCUUUUGCUGACAUGUUGCGAGACGAGAAGAACCAGACCAUUGUGGUGUCCGGAGAAUCUGGAGCUGGUAAAACCGUUAGCGCCAAGUACAUCAUGCGAUAUUUUGCGACGCGAGAGUCUCCCGAUAAUCCCGGCAAGCGGAGAGGCAAGUCGGACAUGAUGAGUGAAACCGAAGAACAGAUUCUGGCUACCAACCCUAUCAUGGAAGCCUUUGGUAAUGCAAAGACUACUCGAAACGACAACUCCUCCCGUUUUGGAAAGUACAUCGAGAUCAUGUUCAACAAGGAAACCGACAUCAUUGGUGCUAAGAUCAGGACAUAUCUACUCGAACGGUCAAGAUUAGUCUUCCAGCCGCUGAAAGAAAGGAACUACCACAUAUUCUAUCAGCUCAUCAAGGGUGCUACAGAGGCGGAAGCGCAAGAGUUCCAGCUCAAAUCGGUGGAGGACUUUAGCUACCUCAAUCAGGGCAGCUCGCCGACCAUUGAUGGUGUUGAUGACAAGGCCGAAUUUGAUGCUACGCGGAAGUCUUUGACGACUAUCGGUGUACCUGCCGACACCCAGCAUCAAAUAUUCAAGCUUCUCGCUGCUCUUUUACAUAUAGGAGAUGUGAAAAUUACAGCGACGCGUACGGACUCGGCCCUCGCUCCGGAUGAGCCUGCUCUCGUCAAAGCUUGCGGUCUCUUGGGCAUUGAUCCAAACAACUUUGCCAAAUGGACAGUGAAAAAGCAGCUUAUCACUCGAGGAGAGAAAAUUGUCUCCAACCUCACACAACAACAGGCCACCGUCGUGAAGGAUUCGGUCGCCAAAUUCAUCUACUCCAGCAUGUUCGAUUGGCUUGUGGAGCGUGUCAAUGAGAGUUUGGCUACAGAUGAGAUUAUUUCUCAAGCUCGAUCCUUCAUUGGUGUGCUAGACAUUUACGGUUUCGAGCAUUUUGCCAAGAACUCUUUCGAACAGUUCUGCAUCAACUACGCGAAUGAAAAAUUGCAGCAAGAAUUCAACCAGCAUGUCUUCAAGCUCGAGCAAGAAGAGUAUCUACGGGAGCAGAUCGAUUGGACCUUUAUCGAUUUCGCGGACAACCAACCUUGCAUCGAUCUUAUCGAAGGAAAACUCGGUGUUCUAGCAUUGCUUGACGAAGAAUCACGUCUACCGAUGGGUUCUGACGAGCAAUUUGUUACCAAACUUCACCACAACUUUUCCCAGGACAAACACAAAUUUUACAAGAAACCCCGCUUUGGAAAGUCGGCCUUCACCGUCUGCCAUUAUGCCAUCGAUGUCACAUAUGAGUCUGAUGGUUUUAUAGAAAAGAACCGAGACACUGUGCCUGAUGAACACAUGGAAGUUUUGAAAGCUUCUAGCAACAAGUUCUUGGUCGAAGUACUUGAUACUGCAGCUCACAUUCGCGAGAAGGAGAGCGCAGCAACGACGUCAGCAAAAGGACCGCCUGCUCCCGGUCGUAGAAUUGCCGUGAACAGAAAGCCUACGCUUGGUGGAAUCUUCAAGUCUUCUUUGGUCGAACUCAUGAGCACCAUUAGCUCGACUGAUGUCCAUUAUAUUCGUUGCAUCAAACCCAACGAAGCCAAGGAAGCCUGGAAAUUCGAAGGGCCCAUGGUUCUCAGUCAGCUGCGAGCCUGUGGUGUCCUCGAGACCGUCCGUAUCAGUACUGCGGGUUAUCCUACUCGGUGGACAUAUGAGGAGUUCGCGCUCCGAUACUACAUGCUGGUUUCAUCCUCGUCCUGGACUCCCGAGAUCCGUGAUAUGGCGAAGGCAAUUCUCAACAAAGCGUUGGGCGCUGGAAAGAACGAUGGAACUGACAAAUACCAAAUGGGUCUAACCAAGAUUUUCUUCCGAGCCGGUAUGCUUGCUUUCCUCGAAAAUCUCCGAUCUGCUAGGUUGAACGACGCUGCCAUCAUGAUUCAAAAGAAUCUUCGAGCUAAAUACUACCGUCGCCUAUACCUGGAGACCCGUGAAUCUAUCAUCGCUGUACAGGCCAUGGUUAGAGGCUACAUGACCCGAGAACGGGCGGAAGAAGCGAGACAAGUCAAAGCUGCAACUACUAUACAGCGUGUCUGGCGUGGAUCCAAGGAUAGGAAGAAGUUCCACCUUGUUCGAAACUCAGUCAUGUUGUUCCAGGCUGCCGCCAAAGGAUUCCUGUGCCGUAAAAACAUUCUGGACACUCGUCUUGGGAACGCCGCUCGUAUCAUCCAACGUAACUGGCGGUCUCAGCGAUCACUCAAAUCUUGGCGGCAGUAUAGGAAGAAGAUUGUCAUCAUCCAGAGCUUGUGGAGAGGAAAGCGAGCCCGCAGGGAAUACAAAGGCCUACGUGCCGAAGCUCGUGAUCUCAAAAAUAUCUCCUACAAACUUGAAAACAAGGUGGUGGAGCUUACGCAGAACCUGGGCGCAGCGAAGACUGAGAACAAGGCGCUUAAAUCGCAAGUCGAGAAUUACGAGAGCCAGAUCCGAUCCUACAAGGAGCGCUCCCGAGGUCUCGAGAACAGGCAAAAGGAGCUCCAGGCGGAAGCCAAUCAGGCUGGUAUUGCCGCUGCGAAGUUGAGCGCGAUGGAGGAAGAGUUGAAGAAGGUUCAAGGCAACCUUGAUGAAAGCACUUCCAAGAUCCGACAUCUACAAGAGGAAGAAAAGGAGCUCCGCGCAUCUUUGAAGCAGACUACCGAGGAGCUCGACUUGUCAAAGAGAAAGAGUACUGCCUUGGAGACCGAGAAGGUGUCGUUCCGGCAACAACUAGUUGAUCUCCAAGAACAAGUGGAGAGGAUGAAACGGGAAGGCCCAAUCAAUGGUGAAAUGACCAACGGCCACGCACCGUUGGGUGCCAGUACCUUGAUCAACUUCGUCUCUUCCAAGAAACCCCAGAGACGCAGCGCUGGACCGGACAUCCGCGAUCUCGAUCGCAUCAGCCAAACAUACAAUCCCCGACCUGUAUCAAUGGCAGUCGGCUCGACCGUGCACAGGCAGAACCUCUCUGGCUCAACUUUCAACCAGAACUUCGAUAACGUCGAACUUGAGCUGGAGAACAUUCUCGCUGACGAGGAGAACCUCAAUGACGAAGUCACCAUUGGUCUCAUUAAGAACCUCAAAAUUCCAUCCCCUACCACUACGCCUCCACCUACGGACAAAGAAGUCCUUUUCCCGGCGUACCUCAUCAACCUUGUCACGUCAGAGAUGUGGAACAAUGGUUUCGUCAAGGAAUCAGAGCGCUUCCUGGCCAAUGUCAUGCAGUCCAUCCAGCAGGAGGUCAUGCAGCAUGAUGGAGAAGAAGCGAUCAACCCCGGCGCUUUCUGGUUGUCCAACGUGCACGAGAUGCUGUCGUUUGUGUUCCUCGCCGAAGAUUGGUACGAGCAGCAAAAGACAGAUAACUAUGAGUACGACAGGCUCCUAGAAAUUGUCAAGCACGACUUGGAGAGUCUGGAGUUCAACAUCUAUCAUACUUGGAUGAAGGUGCUCAAGAAGAAGCUUCACAAGAUGAUCAUCCCCGCUAUCAUAGAGUCGCAGUCACUGCCCGGUUUUGUCACGAACGAGAGUAACCGCUUCCUCGGAAAGCUCUUGCAAGGCAACAACACCCCAGCCUACAGUAUGGACAAUCUCCUCAGCUUGCUUAACAAUGUCUACAAGGCCAUGAAAGCCUACUACCUCGAGGAUACCAUCAUCGCCCAACUCAUUACCGAGCUUCUUAGGCUUGUUGGUGUGACGGCGUUCAACGAUUUGUUGAUGAGGAGGAACUUCCUGUCCUGGAAGCGUGGUCUUCAGAUCAACUACAACAUCACGCGUAUCGAAGAAUGGUGCAAGUCACACGAUAUGCCAGAGGGUACGCUUCAGCUUGAACACUUGAUGCAAGCCACCAAACUUCUUCAACUCAAAAAAGCCACUCUCAACGACAUCGAGAUCAUCCAAGAUAUCUGCUGGAUGCUUUCGCCAAACCAGAUUCAAAAGCUGCUCAACCAAUACUUGGUUGCUGACUACGAACAACCUAUCAAUGGUGAAAUCAUGAAAGCCGUCGCCUCGCGCGUCACCGAAAAGUCUGACGUUCUCCUUCUCACCGCCGUUGAUAUGGAGGAUUCCGGCCCGUAUGAAAUUGCCGAGCCUCGCGUUAUCACCGCGCUCGAGACAUAUACGCCCUCUUGGCUUCAAACACCCCGCUUGAAACGCCUCGCGGAGAUAGUAUCCAGUCAAGCCAUCGCACAGCAGGAGAAGAUGGAGUACGACGAGGUGGAACAGCCGAAGGACGAUGGUCUUAAUGGACAAUAUCCUGCUAUCGAUGAGGAGUUCGCCGAGUAG